CGGCGUCGGUUACCAAUAGUGAAGUGUUACAGGCGAGUGAAUUCUAGCGUUCAAGAUUCAUUUCAGUUAAUCAACGAUGAUCGAUUCAUCAAAGUGCUGUAAACCCAGACGGUACGAUCCGCGUCACCAUGAUGACAAUGCGUCCUGAUGGUGUAUGUUCACAAAAGAGUCAAACCAAGUACAAACAGUUUGUCGAAAGAAAGACGAUGACAAAAGCAACCUUUUAGGUUGAGAAGGUUUUACAGCAAGGGGAUGCCACCGUCGUUUCGGAGAAGUAUUCCACACUGAUGGACAGCAAAAGGGUUAUGAGACGCGCGGUCACUCCAGAAUCGAACCGAUGGAAACUGCCUCCCAGUUCCGUCGUCGGACUUCCUCACUGGGUCCGAACUAUCGAGAUGCGAAUAAGGCUCCUUCGAAGAAACGUUUGGUGCGGAGUCUUUCUCGACAGUCCCUGGAUCAUGCUGACAAUUCAACUAUACCUGGCUCAAGCAAUUUACGGCCAAGGCAACUCUCCUGCCUUUCUAUCGGAAACGUUCUCCGCUGUCUUGUAUCACAACCGGAGUCCUGCUAUGUACGAUGAAUUCAAAAUUCAGCUUCCCACGAAUUUGGACGAAAACCACUACUUGUUGUUCACGUUCUAUCACGUCACAUGUCGGCCAAGAAAGCUGCAUUCGGAUGGUGAUCUGCAUUGUGUGCUCGGCUAUUCGUGGCUUCCAGUUCUGCACAACGGUUCACUAUGUGAUAUGGACGUUAAUUUGCUUGUGAGCAGUUUAAAACCCACGCCCUUGCUUGCCAGACUUCGGCCCGAGUUGAAGACUAUGACUGAGCAGUUUCACAUGAGCUCUUUCAAGUGGCUCGAUUCUACCCGCGAGUUGUUCUCAGUGAGUGUUGUGACCGUGUCCAGUAUGUAUCCCCGUGAUACAUGCGUUGAAUACCUUUUGGACGCUUGCGGCCCUGGGAAGCUACUCGUCACCUUAAAGACACUCGCGUCACCCGGAUGUGCUACACCUCUAGUGGAACAUCUCCGCACGGCCUCACUGCAGCAGCUGGUCGCAUUUUUUACCCCCUUAAUGGAUGGCUUUUUACGCUUACUUUUUGCGGGCUGUUCGCUCUGUGCUCCACAUAACCUCAUCACGUCGGAUGCGAACGAUGCGCCUGCAUUCGCCGCACUCUCCUUGCUCUGUCACUUUGUGGAUCACAUCUGUGGAUCCUUCCCGGAUUGGAAUGAUUCGCAUGGGCGAAAUCAACUCAUCGUUUCCUACCUGUAUGGUCCACAAGCGAAGCCGGAGAUGGUUUUUUGGGCUCUUUUCUGCGGCUCGCCGAUAUCUGGCAUACCCGUCAUGAGGGAAUUGCUGAAGGACACAUCCUUCUUUACUGACCCCACUCAUGCGUGCAUACCAGGGCGAAUUACCCGUCUCUUCCUUGGGAAGCCAACUCGUUUGGGUCUGAUCCCGCUGCGCAGCUGGUGGUUUAUCUUCGAGUUGUUAGUACGCUUGCUUGCUGAGUUUCUUACGGAUGUGUCACAGAAGAAGGGAAUAGAGCCCUUGGGAGCUGCUUUGUAUACAUUUUUGGAUCCUAUUCUCAUCGAAUGGAGCGUGGUAUUCCGGAUGCUAACGAAGCAUCUAGUUAGCAACGUCCCAUUUUCAAUAAAUUAUGGGACAAUCACUUUGGUGAACCGAGCAAUGGCUUUUUUGCUUUGCGAUCUGGCUCCGCUUACUUCUGCUCAAUUUCUGGCGACCGAACUGUUCUAUUACUGCGAAGCGGUCACUCAGCAGCUGUCACAUGCUGUUUACUCCCUCGAUGAUCAUCAAACACAGGCAGCGGACGACCCAUUAACCCAAUCUGUUCGUUAUAAACUGAAAAAUCCAUUCUUCCGUAUCGGUCAACGCGCUGCCAAACUCGGACCUUCAGAGCAGUCUGCUGCUUCGUUGGUUUCGGAGUGGCAUAGCUUGGAUGCCAUUGUUUCCCACCGAAACAUCAGUAAAUAUUCCAUCUUUACUUGCGGACCCACGGAUUUAUACCCCACCGACUUUCAUACUAGAUUCCACUUGGGUUCAACGGAUGUGAAAACUGCGGUCACCGAGAUUCUCGAGCGCGUUCUCUUGAGCCUGUUGCGAUUGGACGCAGGACGCAGUCUACUCACUGUCGUUGACUCCGAAGUAGGUCAUCUGCUCCCUUUUCAAACUCCGGAGGAGAAUUCGAAAGGCAUUUCGGUUCUGGGAACUCUGUUACGUGUGCUGUUCUAUGCGCUAACAUCCAAACAGCAUACAAUGGCCUAUAGCAACCUACUGCGUUGUAUAGAACUUAUCCUGGACGAAGUGAGUAUCUUUCCUUAUGUAGACGUGCAGCUCCACCUAUACUUUUAUGAUAUCCAUCACUCUGAUUGGCAUUUCCCUUCUCUUCGCUCAGUGAUACUACAGUAUGAAACUAGUGCUCAUCACAUACUUUAG